CUCUCGCUUCUUUCACACGCACACAAACAAACACACAUCUUUACAUCACUCGUAAACAUCUCCUCUCUCCGGCCGGCCACCCAUACAUAAGCCUUCAUCGGAUCUCUAUCUGCUUCAGUUUCUGUUUCAAUCUGCGGCAUUUCAUUUCCAUUCCCAUUGGCUCAUCUUCUCUGAAUGGAAAUGAAAUGCCGCCCACGCCCAUUCUUCAAAUCUUGAUUUAAUUCCAUCAGACAAUGACAGUUAAGAGAUGAGCAAGUACAGUUACACCACCACCAACACUAACCACCGUAGCCAAGAAGAAGAACAAACCGAUACAGAAGAAGAAGAAGAGGAGGAGGAAGAAGAAGAAGAACUGUUCUACGAAUCACUUGAUCGCAUUGCUUCUUCUUCUUCAUGUUCUUGUUCCGCUUCAAACUCCGACUCCGAUCUUGACCCUAAUCCCAACCCGACCCAUUUUGAUUCUAACUCUAACAAUGCGUACCCAUUUCUUGUUUCUAAAACCCCCAAUUAUGAUGUUUGGAUCUCUGAGCCUACUGCUUCAGUCUCCGAGCGCCGCCAACUCCUUUUACAUCAAAUGGGUCUCGCUUCUAAUCGGGCUAAACCCGGCCGUUCUGCUUCUACCGAUUAUUUGAACCUGGGGGAACCGGGACCGGGUUCGGAUUCUUGUGGUAGUUGCAUUGUUCGAUCCAAAUCAGACGGUGCUGGCUCAAGAUUUGAGGGUGAUGGUGAUUUUAAUUCUUCUUCUUCUUUGUUGUCUGUUUAUUCUCCUCAGAUUCUUUCUAAUGAUAUAGUUAGUGUAAAUAAAUGUGAUGAUAACAACACUAUUAGUAAUAAUAAUGUUUCAAAGACUACUCUUUCGCCUAAUAAGCCUCCUUCAGGUAAAUACUGCUGUAGGAAAAUGGAUUUGAUUCGAUCCGAUUCCGCAAAUUCGAACGGUAAAUUGAAUCGAAAUUGCUCCAAUACUAGUUUGGUAGAGUUUGACAGUAAUGGGGUUGAUGAGAUUGAUGAUGUUACUACUUCAGUGGCAGUAGAAGAAGUAACCCAAGUGUGUACGAUUAAGAAUCUUGAUAAUGGAAAAGAGUUUGUGAUUAACGAGACGAUGGAGGAUGGGAGUUUAAACAAGUUGAAAGAAGUGGGUACUGGAAGGCAGUUGACGAUGGAGGAGUUUGAAAUGAGUGUCGGGCAUUCCCCGAUUGUGCAAGAAUUGAUGCGGAGACAAAAUGUGGAAGAUGGUAGUCGAGAAAGUAUUGAUUCCAAUAGCAAUGGAGGCGUUGGAAGUGGGGGGUCGAAGUUGAAAAAGAGGGCUACUUGGUUUAGGAGCAUAAGGUGUGUGGCGGGUAGUGUCAAAGGCGGUAGUAAAGAGAGAAGAAGUAGUGACGAGAGGGAUACUGGAUCUGAAAAGGGAGGAAGGAGGUCAAGUUCUGCUACGGAUGAUAGCCAGGAUACGUCGUUUCAUGGGCCUGAGAAAGUGAGGGUAAGGCAAUAUGGAAAGUCGUUUAAAGAGUUUAGUGCUCUUUAUAAGAGCCAGGAGAUACAGGCGCAUAAUGGUUCUAUUUGGUGUGUUAAGUUUAGUUUAGAUGGGAGGUAUCUAGCAAGUGCAGGCGAGGAUUGUGUGAUUCACAUUUGGCAAGUCACUGAGCGCGAGGGGAAAGGGGAGCUGGUGAUUGAUAAACAGGAUGAUGGGAAUUUUAACUUUUUGUUGACAGCAAAUGGAUCACCUGAGCCUUCUUCUAUGUCACCAUCAAUGGAAGGUCAUCAUGAGAAGAAGAGAAGAGGGAGGUCAUCUAUAAGUAGAAAAUCUUUGAGUUUCGACCAUAUUGUUGUGCCAGAAACUGUGUUUGCACUUACAGAUAAACCAAUUUGUUCAUUCCAAGGACAUCUAGAUGACGUGCUUGACCUUUCAUGGUCCAAGUCUCAGCACUUGCUUUCGUCUUCUAUGGACAAAACAGUGCGCUUAUGGCAAUUGUCUAGCAAGACAUGUUUGAAAGUGUUCUCACACAGUGAUUACGUGACUUGCAUCCAGUUUAAUCCUGUUGAUGAUAGAUACUUUAUCAGUGGGUCCCUAGAUGCAAAGGUUCGCAUAUGGAGCAUUCCUGAUCGUCAAGUUGUCGACUGGAAUGAUCUGCAUGAGAUGGUUACUGCUGCUUGCUAUACUCCAGAUGGCCAGGGUGCACUUGUUGGCUCAUACAAGGGAAGCUGUCGUUUAUAUAGCACUUCUGAUAAUAAGUUGCAACAAAAAUGUCAGAUUAACCUACAGAACAAGAAGAAGAAAGCUCAUCUCAAGAAAAUCACUGGAUUCCAGUUUGCACGCGGAAGCUCAUCAGAAGUGCUCAUCACAUCAGCAGAUUCUCGAGUUCGAGUUGUUGAUGGCGUUGAUCUGAUUCACAAGUUUAAAGGGUUUCGCAAUGCCAACAGCCAAAUCUCAGCUUCCCUCGCGUCAAAUGGAAAAUUUGUAGUCUCUGCUAGCGAGGAUUCAUAUGUGUAUGUGUGGAAGCAUGAAGCUGAAUCUCGACCUAACAGAAGCAAAGCUGUUACCGUCACACGUUCAUAUGAGCAUUUUCACUGUCAAGAUGUAUCUGUUGCUAUUCCAUGGCCCGGCAUGAGUGAUGCAUGGGGGCUACAAGAUCCGUUGCCCGGAGAAUCAAAUGGACUUGAUAACCAUCUCGACGAGGUCUCAAUAGCCAAUCAUCCUCCUACGCCUGUUGAGGUAUUAAGUGGCAGUAAUGGUUCACAAUCUUUAUCUGCGUGCACAAACAGUCCGCUGAAUGGAAUUAUUUGUAAUGCAACAAAUGGUUACUUCUUUGAUAGAAUUUCAGCAACAUGGCCAGAGGAAAAACUCAAUGCAGCUACCAGAACCCGGAGCCCCCGGACUAGUGUGGAUAUCUCUAAUGGGAUGAACCAAAAUAUGUCAGCCUAUGGAAUGGUAAUCGUAACUGCCGGCCUUCGUGGAGAAAUUAGAACUUUUCAAAAUUUUGGAUUGCCCGUCCGAUUAUAAGGAUUAAAAUAAGGCAUUCAAGUGCGGGUUUCCAAAAAUUUGGAAUGCCUGUUUGCAUAUAAAGAGUCAACAGGGCGAUGGAGGGCGAGGCAAAUACAGUGGCAAGCCAGUAGAGUAAGACAUUUCCACCCUCUUGGUUAUUUGUGUACAGAAAAUACUUGUUGAGAUGUGUAAUAUUUAGUGCGUUCCGGUUAUUUCGUCAUCCUCUUGCUCACCGGAUGUCGAAUUCCAUGGUUAUCCAUUCAGAUGAGCGUCGAGAAAAAUUUAUAGAUUUGUUAAAAAGAAAAAAAAAAGAGAAGUUAAACCUUGAAUUUUAGAAGCCGAUGCAUUACUCAAGUCACGAAUUGUAGAGUUGUGAGCAUGGCAAAAGCUUAUUGAAUUAAAUGAAAUUCUUUUACAUUCA